UUACAUACAAUACAACAUGGUGAUUGUUACAUUUAUAAGCACUUGGAAAAUUCUACAGUACAACCUUGGAGUAAAUGUACAUCCUACCUGUAGAAAAAAAGGCUACAUCCACAUGAACAAUAUGCUUUUGGUACACACAUUUUCUUAUCAGCAAGUAACACAGAUUAUUUGCAUGUAAGGAAUGUCAGAUUAUAUGUGAUGUAUGCACAGAAGCAUGGAUUUAACAAUUCCCAUUAUCAGAAGCAAACAUAGCUUCCGUUCAUCAUGUAACAAAUGAUCGACUUGCAAAGAAAUUUGACAAUCAAGUUUAAAUUGAGGGCGUACGUGACCGAGCGAUCCUGAUCGGACGGACGAGUCGAGGGCGAUCUUGCUCUGUAAAACAAGACGGCCGGCGGAUACCACCCACACCACAGGCCACAGGCCACAGGCCACAUCUGAUCUAGGACAGCUCGCUCGCAUCUCUCCCUGUCCGUCCCUCCUCUUCCCCAUCUCGCCAGCCCCGCCGCGCACUUCCCCAUCUCGCCAGCCCCGCCGCAAAUCCACAGAUCUCCGGCGAUGGAUGACCAUUUCGCUCGCCUAUCGGACGAUCUACUCGUCCACAUCCUCCAGUUCGUCCCCGCCAAAGAGGGGGCCAUCACCACCGCCCUCUCCAAGCGGUGGCGCCAUCUCUGGAGGGCGUCAGGCGCCGUCAACCUCAUGGCCCUCAUCCUCGAGGAGGAGGAGGAGGAGGCCCCGCUCAACGCCAAGCGCGACAGGUUCGUGUCUCAAUCGCUUCAGAUCCUCGACAGUUUCGUGGAGGCCGGCACUCUCUCCCCCCUCAACAAGGUCACCGUAGUUGUGGAGGCCCGGAACCGUGAGAUCCUCCGUCGAUUUCUUAAUUCGGAGCUGGAUGCGUUCCCGGAUGGAGUGCUGCCACUACUUCUCGCACACCAGGUGGUGCGCACCGUCCAUGUGCUGAGGAUCCAGGCCAUCGACAAGGGUGAGCGGAUGCUGUUCGAGAAUGAUCAGUUUGAGCCCGACCAGGCCUCUUUUGGGCCUCCCAUCUACAACCUCAGCCUCUCUCACCUCCCGCGCCAGCAUCUGCGUGUUCUUGAUCUGUCCGACUGUGGCUACCUCGGGCCGGGACUACAUUCUGUUGACUUCCCACACCUGCACAGUAUUCGACUCAACCACUGCACAAUCACUCGUCAAAAUCUCAACAAGAUUGCAAAAGCUGCCCCUUCUCUCACCACGGUCCGCCUGGAGUUUACCCUGUUGGAUGUUGAUGGUGGAGCUGAUAGUGUCCUCGUGUUCCCAGCCGCAACUUCACUUCUCAUCUAUAUGUGCUGCAUCACGGAGCACGCAAGUCUAGUGAUCAACGCCCCAAUGCUGCGGGAGUUUGUGUACAAGGGAAUUUCUCGGAAGAUCUCGCUGCUCCCGCCACCAGAGGGCCUGCUGAGGGUGGGCUUGGAUCAGAUAUACUUCCGAGGGAAAGAAACCAGAUUCGUUAUGCCUGUCUCCAGCAAUUUUUGGAAUUUUCUUCGGGGAUGCAUCCAUGCAAGGCGGCUAAAUGUGACGAUGUGGAGUGUUGAUGUUCUUGCUCAGACCAGGCCAAAUGUAAAGCUUAUGCAGAUUGAUACACUAGAGCUCAAUGGUGUCUAUUGGCCAUCUUGCAAAAAGGUGGAUUUAUCCAUUGGCAAUUUUCUUAAAUGCUGCCCCGCGCUCCGCAACCUCCGCAUCAACCUCAUCUCAGACCAGGAAGCUCACUUGACAAAAAUAGAACCUGCCAGCUCUUUCUUUGCGCAGAAGUUCAAACCUGACUCUAAGGAAUCCCUCAAACUGUUUAGCCGAUACGAAAUCAGGCAGCUGGUGGAAGCAUGGGAGGAUUCCGAGGACUCUGUUAGCUCCAAGCGUCCUAGGAUGGAGGCAGAUCUUAUGUUUGACGAGCUCAAUGGCCUCACUGGUCAGGACUUCAAGUGCCUUGAGACAUCACUAACAAGUCUCGCUCUUCAGUUCAGGCAGGGGGAGAAGUGCCCCUUCGGAGUCAACCUUUUGAUGUUUUUCGCCCAACACGGCAAGGUUCUGGAGGAAAUUUGGCUUGAAUCUGGACUGCAUGACCACCUGAAUGUCAUGAUUGAUAAAUGGCUAGCAGAUCGGUUUGGAAGAAGGAUGCCGGAUGAAAGGCGAAAAAAGGCUGGAGGUCACUGAGAUGAUCAAGGGAAAGACUCCUGAAGGGAUCUUGAACGCCAUCCACAUUUGAAAAACUUCAGGAGCAGCUGUUGACGAUCUGUGAUUCGAAAAAGAACUACGCUAGGGAGAAGUUGUAACUAAGUUUUGGUUUGCUGACUCCGUUCCCUUUUGGUCGUAUUCUGGUGCACGUUUUGAAUCUGGUGAUGAGGAUAAAUGCUCAGUGUGUGUUCUUGUGCCCUGGCUGUUGCUAGAUGAUGUGUUACCUGUUUAUCACUUCAUUAAAUGUUUAGGCUUGUGCAUUAUUUGGAUGUUUAUGACUUUGUCUCUCUGUAUAGUAGGUUUUCCUAUCCACUGGCAUCCUCCACGGCAUCCGCCACCCAAUCUGAAUGCUCAUUUUUACCUACUCUCUACUUGGUAUGUUAGGAACUUUCACUCUGUACUUGGCGUCAUCUAUGUUAACCUUGUCUAGAAACUGUAUUCUUCUAUAAUUUACUCCAUCGAUUUGUUGCAA